ACCCCCACCCUUACUUCGGAGAUUCGCCAUUACUUCUUACGCUGAAACUCUCAGGAAAGCAAAUAAAAAUGAAUACGAUCACAACUCCCAAAGAAACUCUACAUCUUAAAUCAAAACUUCGUCUUCUACCACCACGAGCUCUACAUCGAAGUCAACGUGUUCAACUUCUCCCGCUCAACACCUUCUCCAACUCUUCUCUGAUUUCUCCAGCUCGCAUUGUCUCACUUUCUCAAGGUGGGAGAUCGAUAGACUUGUGGCGUAGAUAUGCAUCCGACAAGUUCUCAGACAUGGGUUUGGAUCCUGGAGCUGGUUCAGACAAGAUAUUUAAUGAGACGACGGCUUCUUCUUCUUCUUCUAUAGUGGAAACAUUAAAGAAAGCAAACUCAAUCCUUCCUCAUGUAGUCUUGGCGAGUACUCUCUUAGCUCUUCUCUACCCUCCUUCUUUCACUUGGUUCACCUCCAGGUACUUCGUACCUGCUUUAGGCUUCUUGAUGUUUGCGGUUGGUAUCAACUCAAACGAGAAAGACUUUCUCGAAGCUUUCAAAAGACCGAAAGCUAUACUCCUCGGUUACCUUGGACAGUAUCUCAUCAAGCCUCUCCUUGGUUUCAUCUUUGGCUUAGCUGCUGUCUCUCUUUUCCACCUCCCUACUCCUAUAGGUGCUGGAAUCAUGUUGGUCUCGUGUGUUAGUGGAGCUCAGUUAUCAAACUACGCCACUUUCUUGACUGAUCCAGCAUUGGCACCUCUUAGCAUCGUCAUGACUUCUCUAUCUACCGCUACCGCGGUCCUUGUCACGCCGAUGCUAUCGCUCUUGCUUAUAGGGAAGAAGCUGCCCGUUGAUGUGAAAGGAAUGAUAUCCAGCAUUCUCCAGGUCGUGAUCGCGCCUAUUGCUGCAGGGUUGCUACUAAACAAGUUGUUCCCAAAACUAUCCAAUGCAAUCAGACCGUUUCUCCCAGUUCUAUCGGUUCUUGACACGGCAUGCUGCGUUGGAGCGCCACUGGCGUUGAACAUAAACUCGGUUGUGUCUCCGUUUGGAGCAACGAUAUUGUUGCUAGUAACGAUGUUUCAUCUCUCGGCUUUCCUCUCUGGAUACUUCGUUACCGGUUCAGUCUUUAGAAACGCUCCAGACGCUAAAGCCUUGCAGAGAACAUUGUCCUAUGAAACUGGAAUGCAGAGUAGUCUUUUGGCACUAGCGCUUGCGACAAAGUUCUUUCAAGAUCCUCUUGUUGGGAUCCCUCCUGCAAUAUCUACGGUGGUAAUGUCAUUGAUGGGGUUCACACUCGUUAUGAUAUGGUCUAACGAAAAAGAGCAAAGAAUUUAAACAAUAUGAAAUUCUUAUAUUUAUGUACGAAAUUUUGUAACAUUAUAAGAAAUCGAUUCCACCAUAAAGGAUGGUUUGAUUAUAAACCCGGUUUAAUAUUAAACUAGAACUUCAAAUUUGUGAAAGAAGGAAAAAGUCCUUUUAGCCA